AUGGCAACAAUAAUUGAAGGAGAAGAAUUAAUAAAAAAUGAUAAUGUUAAAAAAAUGUUGAAAGAACAUAUAGAAAAAAAUAAUUUAAUUGGGUUUCCAACAGAAACAGUAUAUGGAUUAGGAGGAAAUUCAUUAAGUGAAAUUUCUUUGAGAAAUAUAUUUAAAAUGAAAAAUAGACCAAUUAGUGAUCCUAUAAUAUCACAUGUAUAUGAUAUAGCACAAGCAUUUGAUCAAUUAUAUCAUAUAAAUAUAUAUGAAAAGUAUAUUAUAUAUAUAUUAACUAUGAAUUUUUCUCCAGGCCCACUGUCAAUUAUAGCAAAAGCAAAGAAACAUCUUCCAUUAAUUUUAACAGCACAUACUCAAUUUUGUGCUGUAAGAAUACCAAAUAAUAAAAUAGCAAGAAAAAUUAUAAAAAUAUGUAAUACCCCAAUUGCUGCACCAUCAGCUAAUAAAUUCCAACAUAUUAGUCCAACAAAUUCUUUACAUGUUUACGAUGAAUUUAAAGAUGAAAAUAUUUUGAUUUUUGAUGAUGGUCAGUGUGAUAUAGGAAUUGAAUCUACUGUAAUAAAAAUAAUCAAGUAUAAAAAAGGGAAGGGGGAGAAUGCAGAUAAAAACGUUGAAGAGUAUGACAGCGACGAUGAAAUAAUCAUAGAUGAAGAAUAUGAAAGAGAAUGCAACAGCGAAAUAAGCAAUUUAAAAUGUGCACUAAAUUGUAAAAAUGAUGUUUCAAAUUUUGAAGUUUUUGAAAAAUUAAAAGAAGCAUUUGAAACGAUUCAAACGAGUGAUAUGUUAAAAGAGUCAGAUGAAAAUGUGAAAAACAAAAUAACCGAACAAAUUUUGAAAUAUAAGAAUUUAUAUAAUUAUGAAAUAAAAAUAUACCGACGUGGAAAGUAUACAAAAAAUGACUUAAAAUGUGUAUUGAAUAGUACCCCACUUUUAAAUGACAUAAGAGUAACUAUUUAUAAAAAAAUAGAAUUUGAAAAAAUGAAUAUUUUAAAAAAUAAAACAGAUAAUGAAUGCAACAAUGCAAUUGGUAAUGCAGAAAUAGAUACCGUUAGAAAUGAUUGUCUUAAUAAUAAUGAAAAUAUAUCCAAUAAUGAAAAUCUACCCAAUAACGAAAAUCUACCCAAUAACGCAGUUAACGAUGAUAUAUCAAUGGAAAAUGAAGUUAGCCCUGGGACACUUCUUACACACUACAGUCCAGUCGUUUCAACAUAUUUAAUUGAUAUAAUUAAAAAUAAAGAUGAAAAAAGUAAUAAAUUAUUAAAUAUAAAUUUGAAUAAAUGUGUAUUUUUAGAUAUAGGAAAUUCAUUUUUUGAAUAUGAAAAUAAUUUUUUAAAAUAUUUAAAUAUAUCUUAUGAUAAUCUGGAAAUAAAUGAACAAAUCAAAUAUGUAACAAAAAACUUUUUUUUAUUUUUACGUAAAGCAGAAAAUUUGGCUAUAAAUCAUCAAGCCAAAUAUAUAUUUAUUUCGAUUGUUAAUUUAAAAUCAUUGGAUGAACUUACUUUGUCAAUUUUUGAUCGAAUUUUUAGAUCAGCUUCAGGAAAGAUCUUUAAGGUUUUUAUUAAUCAGCAUAAGCAAUUAGAAUUUUUUAAUAAUUAA